GCCCGCGCCGCCGGCCCGGCCCCAUCGCGCCCGGCCCCGCCGAGAUGCUGCCGCUCUCCGUCAAGGACGAUGAGUACAAGCCGCCCAGGCUCAACCUGCUCAGGAAGGUGUCGGGCUGGUUCAGGUCCAUCCUGGCGGACAAGACCUCCCGCAACCUCUUCUCCUUCCUCUGCCUCAACCUCUCCUUCGCCUUCGUGGAGCUGCUCUACGGCAUCUGGAGUAACAGUUUAGGUCUAAUAUCAGAUUCUUUUCAUAUGUUUUUUGACUGUACUGCUCUGUUGGCUGGAUUAGCAGCUUCAGUUAUUUCAAAAUGGAGGUCAAACGAUGCUUUCUCAUAUGGGUAUGUUCGAGCAGAAGUACUUGCUGGUUUUGUGAAUGGUUUAUUCCUCAUCUUUACAGCAUUCUUCAUUUUUUCUGAAGGCGUUGAGAGAGCACUUGAGCCUCCUGAUGUGCAUCAUGAGAGACUUCUUCCUGUUUCUAUACUAGGAUUCAUUGUAAAUCUUAUAGGAAUAUUUGUUUUUCAGCACGGAGGUCACGGGCAUUCACAUGGAGCUGGGCAUGAGCACAGUCAUUCUCUGUUCAAUGGUGGUCUCGGCCACGGGCACAGCCACGGAGGUCACGGGCACAGCCACGAACAGAAACAUUCCCACGGACACAGUCAUGGUCACGGCCAUGGACACUCUCAUGGUCAGGAUUAUUGCCAUGAUGACCAUUCACUUGAAGCAGUGACUGGAUCCAGCAAACAGAUUUUACAAGGUGUAUUUCUGCACAUUGUGGCAGACACGCUCGGAAGUAUUGGUGUGAUCAUAUCUGCUAUAUUGAUGCAGAACUACGGUCUAAUGAUAGCAGAUCCUAUUUGUUCCAUGCUGAUAGCACUACUUAUAGGUGUAAGUAUUGUUCCACUUUUAAAAGAAUCCAUUGGGAUUUUGAUGCAGCGAACUCCUCCUUCCUUGGAAAAUGCCCUGCCCCAGUGCUACCAGAGGGUGCAGCAGUUGCAAGGAGUUUACAGUUUACAUGAUCCACAUUUCUGGACCCUCUGUACUGAUGUUUACAUAGGGACUUUGAAAUUAUUAGUAGCUCCUGAUGCUGAUGGAAGGUGGAUUCUAAGCCAGACUCACAAUAUUUUUACUCAGGCGGGAGUAAGACAGCUUUACAUACAGAUUGAUGUUGCAGCCAUGUAGUGAAUUUCUGGAAUUGUGCUGUUGGACCAAAGUUUUCAGUACUGUACUGGUAUAACAACCUACUUCUCGAGACAGAGCCUGCCUCCACCACUGUUCUGCAAUCGACUGAAUAGAUUCCUGCCCUUGGGCCAUGGGUGGAGUUCACUGCUAAGGAGUAACUGUUGAAUGAAUGUUAUGGACUUUGGGUCUUGGUUUUUUUGGGGCCCCCAAACUUGUAAGUUUUUGCGGGGUUUUUACUUAAUAAGAUGGCGGUACUGGAAACCCUGUCAUGUCUUCAGUAAAGCUGCUGAAACCACUGCUCAUUCCCAUGAAACCAGUGUUAUUGACAAUUGGAAACGUGUUUUGUAGAUGAUGUCACAAUGGCUGACAUGCUUCAAUAUAAUUGUAUGUUUGUACAAUUGUUUGUACUUUGCAAACUUAAUGAACCAAACCAUAUUGGGUUUUCAAAGUGCCUUUUAUAUCAGGAGAGCUGUUUGCCAGCAUAAAAAUAUGGAGCAUCAAAGGGUUUUAUUACUUUUACAAAUAAUCUUGUAUGCAGUCUGAUUAUUUACUAGUGAUGUAUGUGGGGGGGUUGUGUACUUGCAUAACUGUAGAUGUUAGACUUCCAUUAUACUUGCAUCUUACCAGACAGAAGAAUUCUAAAUGUUAAAUACAAAGCUGCUUCCAAAACAAGCUGGGUAUUUUGUUGCACAUGUCUUGUGAAAAUUAUCUUAGUCAAAACAUUAAGAUUUAACUCCAAUUCUUAGUCUCUUCAUACUGUUGAAAGUAAUGAGACACUACAUGAUGCUACUCACGUUUAUAGUCACUUAAGCAACAGGCAGCUGAGGGAAGAUGCUGGUGAUGGAAGCAAUGCUUGAAGUUUUUUAUUUUCCAAAUCCUGGUGGAAAAAAUUAAAUCUCGAAAUUGUUUGUGAAAGCUUAAAUCUCCUUGAUUUUAAUAGGUUGUAAUAAUUUUUAUUAAAGUGAUUGGUGAGAUAAGUUUUUGCCUUUCCAAAUACUGAAAAUAGUUGUUCCUGGUGGCUAUACCCAACAUGGAAAUAAGGACCAUGUUUCAUGCUUAAGAUUAUGCUUUUCCCAGGUUGACAAGUCUGAUAUCUUUGCCUAUCUUGCUGUAGCUUUUGUAUGUUUUCAUGGGGGAGAAAGUUCUUAGUGCAGUUUGGGUUGGUUGUUUGGGUUUUUCUCCAGAAACAUUAGUCUGUCAUAUUUUUCUAGCAUUUAUAAUCAUUUUACUCAGAUAUCGGAGUGUUGUUUUCAAAACCAAUCUGCUAUACUUGGUAUUACAGAUGAUAGUUCCACUAUGCCGUAGUAGUUAACUUAGUAAUGCAAGACUUUUUAAGAGGACAUUUUACAAACAGAACACUGGAGUAAAAAACAAGGCAGGCGUUUUUCUGAUAAAUCAUAGCUGCCACUGACUGGUGUAGAUUUUAAGUAUUUUUUUGGUACCUGUUAUGUGGUAACAGUGAAAUCAAGGCCCUCUGAAGCUGACAAUGUCUGUGUAGUAAGUGCUAGGCACUACGAAAUUACUGAAGAUUGAUGUGCAGAAAUGUUUACCACUAAUAUUGUUGAAUUCAUAGCAGAUAUGAAGAGUUUCUUGCAUUUACUCUUGUUCCUAUAGAGCACCUGAAUUUUGAUUUCUUCUCACGUGAAAACACAACAGUUGCCAAAUUGAUAGGCGGUUCCUGACUUUUCCAGAUGGGAUAUUGAAACAUGAAUGUUGAUUUUGUACAGAGCUUGGGGGUGUACUCUUGUGCUUGGAACCGAAAACUGGGCACAAAGAAAAAUAGCAGUACAAAGCCACAUAUGUUAUUGCUUUUAAGCUUUACAGUCUCUUCCAGUCUUCAGAUCCUUCUUUAUCCCUGUUGCUGGUUUCUCACCCUGUUGGCUGCUCCUGGGGAUGUGGGUGCAGGGUGCCUUUCCAUCUGGCUGCACCGCUCCCCAUCUCUCUUCUGGCCUCCUGCCUGGCACUGUCAGGCUCCCUCCCCAUCCCACCUUGCAGAUCCCCUGCCAGGCCCAGACUUUCCUGACUGAAAGAUGGGAUCUGGGAUUACACAGCACAGGGUGAGCUGCAAGAAUCUGUUGAGCAGAUUUGAGCACUGCAGUUUAAGAUCCCGUGUGCAUGUGUGUUCAUAGAAAAGGUGAUUAAAAUCUGGUUGUGAUUAUAGGGUGGAGUUACUGUUUUGUAGCGUGUUGCAUAUAGACUGCUGCUUGUUGGCUGACAGCAUGACUUCCUCAUUUUUUAAUAGUUAGUGUUACUGCUUUUUGAGGCUAGAGAAGAUCAACUGAUACUACUUUAAAGGCAAGCACCAGCCAACUUCAGUGUAAUUGUGUCAUGAUCCAAGAGCAGGCCUUGGUUUAAAUCAUUUUUACACCAGCACAUUUUGGGACUGGGUAUUCCUGGACUUGCUAAAAUAUGUAGUGCUGCCCUAGUCACUGAGCUUGGCCACUAUUUUAGUUUUCUUCAUGAAAAGACAACUGCUACUGUUUGUUUCCAAGUGACAAUCUGGCCGAGUGGCAGUUGGGUUUUUUUGGUAGUAGUAUUUUUUUAAAUGUACAUCUGCAGACUUAUUUAAUAUGGGAAAUGGAGUGAAAAAGCCUAUAAGCCAGUUAUAAUUAUACAAUAACCAUUUUAAUGACUUUUGAUUUUUUAUUUUUUUGCUUAUUAUGAUUUAUCGGAUUGUUGGAAGGAUAUGUACAAGUCUGCGUUUUCUAACCAAGAUAGCACUUCGUUAUUUUUUAAACUUGGUGUUUUAUAGUAAGAAAUGUAUCAUUUGUCAAAUAUAAUUGGGGAUAGUGUAGGGAAGUCAGAUUUAAAAUAGACUUUAAGCCUUUUUUGGCUUUCUGAAAAAGGAUAAGCAUCACAAAAUGCUACAGAAGACACUAUAUGACAUCUCCGGUAGGUAACUACAGUCAUGUCUGGUAUGUCAGUAAACCGAGUGGCAUCAGAUUUAUUUUUUUCACUUACUGAGGGGAUACUUGCUCAGGUUUUGGGAGAGUACAAAUCACCGAAUUGACAGUGGAGCUUUUCUUACCCUGAGAGCCAAAGCACCAUUAGUCUGUGUUUUGCUAAUUACCCAACACUUGGCUGCUUAUGUAACACUUUGCUUUUGACACUUUAUUGGAGAUGCAUGGCAUCAUUUAAACAGAGCUUUGUGUGAAUGACUGACAUCCGGAGAUGGAUGAAUGUCUGCAGAUCAUCUGCUAAAACUCAGCUUCCUGGUAUUCACUACUGAGUUUUACUCCACCUUUUCAAGGUAUGGUUUUCUCAUGUUUUCAUGUAGCUGAGCUUACUGUGGGGUUAAACACAGUCUGUCUUUGUGGGUUUUUUUCUGUGACUGAAACACCAGUAACUUCCAACCCUGUUGUCCCAAAGACCAAGCCUGUGAACUGCAUGUUUUUUACCACACUUACAGCAAAAGAAGGAGAUAAAACAAAGGCUGCAGAGUGUCUGUAUUAAAAUGCCCCAGUGUUUUUUAUGGUAAAUAACAGUAGAAGAAAACUACUGUUAUGAAUAUGCACAGUGAAGAUCGGUCCUUUAUAGGCUAAUCCGGUAAGUCUACAGAUAUGGAUAGACUGGCUCCUUCCAUCAGCCAGGCCCUGCAGAGUUACUUGUGUGAUUUGCUAAACUAAGGCAAAAAGUGCAAGAAGCAAAUAAGUGACUCUGGGUUUUAUGUAACACUGCUUACUAAAACAAAAGUUUAGUUGCAUCAUUAGUGAGAGCUGCUGACACUAUUUUUACAUAAAAAUUGAAACUGCUGCUAAUAAUAAAAUGGACAUUAGUGACUCAACAUUCUUAAUUUUUUUUUUUUUUUAAGUAAAACUGGCUUUAAAGGUGAAGGAAAGUAAGGGUACCUCUUUUUAACUGUUGUAAGUGAACCUGUUCUGGGAAUUUAAACAAGAUACAAGAGGGGAGAGAAGCUGCUGCUGACCUGCAGUUUUCCACCCUUUGCACACACUCUGUGUUCAGAUUGUAGAGUCCACAGCAUUUCUCUCAUAGUGCAGAUUUCAGUUGCAGUUGCACAGUGCAAAUUUUCAGUUGCAUGCUUCUGUAAAAUGCAAACCCUUUUCCCUCUUCAUGAAACAAGGUCUUUAAAUACCAGUUCAGAGCAACAGUUUUAUUUAAUAACUAAGCCCUGUCCUGUUUCUUCCAGAAGCCAUCAGACUGCCACUUGCUAUGAUUCUUGAUUAUCCACCCCUUUAAGCAGGAUUUUUUUUCUUUUUUUUAAAUAAUCUGUCUGAUCCCUAAUACUGACUCAGUAGUUAAUUCCUCCUUUACACUUCUAUUCCCUCUUGGAUUUGUCCCCCAUUCAGGCUUUCCUGCAGUGACCAUCCCUGCUGGGACUCCAUUGGCCAGACACUGCUAUAAUGUGAAGAUGCCAGUCGUGCUUCUGCUGUGCUUGGCAUGUGAAGACUGUGUCUUGCUGUGUGCAAAUACUCCUUAAUCUGCUUCUCUGUUUCAGUGAGCCACAAAAAGUUCCUGCCUGUGUGGUAAUUUGGCGGAAAUAAUAAGUAAAAGGAGGUGGGUAUUUCACUUCCCAUGGGCAUUGGAGUCUCUCACGUGUACGCUGGGAUCUUGUACAAGAGUUAAGUGAAUGGCUACAGUAUUUUGGCUGAAGUGUGAAAUAAUGUGAAUGAAGCAAUUGCCAAAAUCAUUCCUGGUAGCAGAUAGCAUAUUGCUUGCCUUUACCUUUAAAUUACAGGAAUUACUCUUAGCAGUGAGCUAAAGUUGAAUAGCACAGUAUGUCAAAGUACCUGUGAAGAAAUCACAAGGCAGCUCACUAAAGUUCUGGAGACUAUGUCUGAUUUUGUUCUGGAAUGCUAAUGUUAGUAGCUUAGCCACGACUUGUCCCAAGUGCAAUAUUAAGAAAUUUUUAAUGUAAUCUUUUCUACUUGAAUACAGUCUGUAUAAAAUGCUAAAUAUCCUAUAUUGCUGAAAAGAUAUGGGAUCAAAUUUCUUUCCAAUAAAUCUUCAGUUUAAAAAAAAUGCAAA